GCAAACACUACUUUAUGAUACGGUUAAAUGCACAAUCGGUCCGGAUAACCGAGGGGCGCUGGUGGAUAGCAUCAAAUUAUGGUAUAAUGAAUACCACGCCUUCUUCAUCGAAUCGCUACUCUACUCUGGAGCUUUUUUCUGCAACCCGUUGCGCGAGCUGUGUAGAGUGGGAUGCGCAUGAGCGUAGAUGCUCAGGGUGGAUUCCGAUCAUGAUGCAUGAUGCAUGAGAUUAUGCACAUCUAGCGGUUCGUACAACCUGCCGCAAGAUGUGCUAGACGGUGGUUGGCGCGGACCAAAGUGGAUCGCACUCACUUCAGGAAAGAUCAGCUUCACCGGCACCUUGUCUGUCCGACUGUCGUUAAUCACAGCCCCUGGCAACUAACGCUAUGCUACGUGCGUCUCUUGCGCACCUCAUCACUCAGAAGCAAAUUGGUGGCAGAUGCAUAGCAACUUGCACGCUUCUUCCCUGGCACCUUGCUCCUAGAAGGCUUCGAAGGUUCAAAAGGAGUUUGGAAGAUUUGUUGCAGAUUUCCUCGAGUUGUUCGAUCUCCAACUUCCCUCUUUCUUCACUCAGCGUAGAUCGCUCAUUAUGCUUUUAUUCACGACCCUCCUCACGCUUGCUACUUCCAUUGUCGCCUUUCCCGUGCCAUACAGACCACCCUUUACGAGCAAUUUCGGUGCCCAGCUUGAAUGGAUUGAUUGCUCGGUCAACGUACCCGCGCCCGUUCAGCAGCAGUUUAACGUCACGACCUGGAACGCCUCCGGACUUCCGCCUCUCCCGUCGACACUGGCAUGCGGUCACUUGACCGUUCCGCUUGACUAUUCAGCUCCGAUCAGCGACACCAAUAACAUUACCCUGGGAUUUGCCAUGCACCGCCCAGGUAACGCAACGCAAUUGCUUAAUUUUAACCCAGGUGGACCUGGCUUGGAGGCAGCUUCAUUUGCAUGGGGUAUUGCUCUCAAUUCCUCGUCGAGCGCCAUGUUUGAUGGCGUGCUUGACCAGGAUUUCCUUGCUGUCGACGUCCGCGGCGUCGGACAGUCAAAUCCCUUGAACUGCUCUCUGGUCGCCGCAGCGGAGAUACCGAUUGCGCUCCCAACGGACCAAGCUUCCUUCUCGGCUUAUCAAACAUCGGUGGCUACGUUCGCACAAUCCUGCAUCACUGGAAGCUCUCCCCCGGGAAUCGUUCAGCACGUUGGCACGGAGGAAGUUGCGCAAGAUUGGAACACUUUGAUGAAUGCCCUCAACUAUACCAAGAUGAACUUCUUGGGCGUAUCAUACGGGACCUUCCAAGCUGCCGAAUACGCCUCUCGUUUCCCAGAAAGCGUUGGCAACUUUGUCCUCGACGCCGUUCUCUCGCACGCAACGGUCGAUCAAAUCGCCGUCGCUGAUCAGAUCACGGCGGUCAACCGUCUUGUUCUUCGCGCGGACGAUUUCUGCCAAUCCGAUCCGUCUUGCCCUUUCAAGGAUCAGGGCAACGGCAGCGUCCCCGAGGCAUUCACCAAGGUCAUCCAGAUGGCCGAGAACGGUUCGUUCAGCGAUCUCAACGUCACCGCGACGCUGGCCAAGUUCGCGUUGUACUACACGGUCAACUCUUCUCCGGACUUCCCCAAGUUCAACCUGGCGCUCUCGCAAGCAUUGAACGGCAACGCGACGCUUCUGGUACCUGAUCCG